UAUAAAGAUGUUUUUCAGGCUGCCCUUUAUUUACCUUCCUGGUAUCAAGCACAUAUAAAACUCUCUUGUUCCUGACGCAGCUCAGCUGUAGUGACAUUUUCUGGAACGCAACACAACAUCGCUGUUUGAUUCUGUGAAGAUGAAUGCACACUUUCUCAUCCUGGUUUUUGCGCUGAAUCUAAAUGCUGUAACUGCAUUCAGCAAUGGAAUGGUGACUCAGGCAUGUACGGCUAUGAUUCCUGGACAUGCUAGUAAUACUGCCUCUGUGUUAAAACCUCCAUAUACAAUCACCACAGACGUCUCAAACUACACAGAGGGUCAGACGAUCACAGUGACACUGCAAGCAAAUCAGACUGGAUUCAGGGGCUUUCUUCUUCAGGCCAGGGGUGAGGCUGGUCCAGUAGGAACUUUUACAGUCGUGGGAAACGAUUCUCAAUUACUCAACUGUACAACAGAGGGCUCAGCUGUCAGUCAUAAUUCAAAUGUAACCAAGACAACUAUUGUGGCUCAAUGGAAAGCUCCUACAAUUAAUAACACAAAUAUUCGAUUCAGGGCAACAUUUGUGCAGAAUUUCUCUCUCUUCUGGGUUGGUGUUGAAAGUGAUCCUGUUAGAUUCGUGGGCACAAAUCUGACAACAACCGCCCCACCACCUCGUACCACAACGGGUGGAUCUAGUCCAGCAGCGUCUCUCACUAUGUGUCUUCUUCUUUUACCUCUGCUGGCAAUUAUGUAAAAACUGGACAAACAAUUUUAAAAAAAUCAAAUCACUGGAUUUAAUAGGCUUUUAGUUUCAUAUUCAGUCAUGUUAUCUAUUUGUUGUUGAAGCACAAUGGGACUAAAAACACUUGGUUCCACAAUAUGUGACCCUGGACGACAAAACCAGGCUUAAGUUGCUGGGGUUUAUUUGUAGCAAUAGCCAAAAAUACAUUGUGUGGGUCAAAAUUAUUGAUUUUUAUUUUAUGCCAAAAAUCAUUAGGAAAUUAAGUAAAGAUCAUGUUCCUUGAAUAUAUUUUGUAAAUUUCCUACUGCAAAUAUAUAAAAACGUAAUUUUUGAUUAGUAAUAUGCAUUGUUAAGAACUUUAUUUGCACACCUUUAAAGGCGGUUUUCUCAAUAUUUAGAUUUUUUUGCACCCUCAGAUUCCAGAUAUUCAAAUAGGGUUUUUUUUCAUGAUGUAUUAAUCUCAGUUUUGAAAAAUUGACCCUUAUGACUGGUUUUGUGGUCCAGGGUCACAUAUAUAAAAAUAAUUUAAUAAUAUAGUGAUUUUAUAUUAUAAUAUAUAAAUAAUAUUUCCUUUGACAGAACAACACAACUGGUCUCACUGUACCCUACUGUGAUAUAUACUGUAUAUUAGCUUGUAUGCAAUUAAUGGAUUUGUAUGAAAUGAAAUGCAUGAAAAUACUGUCUGAAUGUUUACAGUAUGUGUGAAUAAAAAACACAACCCACAUCUCGAAA